AUGAGAGAUGCCAAGAUCGUCACUCUGUACAAGAACAAGGGUGAGAGAAGCGACUGCAACAACUACAGAGGCAUAUCCCAUUUCAGCAUAUUUGGCCAAGUAUAUGCUCGGGUCCUCCUGCAGAAGCUGCAUGAGCGUGUCUACCUAAAAUCAAACUGUGGUUUCCGAGUUAAAAGGUCCACGAUAGACAUGGUCUUCUCCUUUCGUCAACUCCAAGAGAAGUGCAGAGAGCAGCAGAUGCCCCUGUAUAUUGCAUUCAUCGACCUCACCAAAGCCUUCGAUCUUGUCAGCAGAGAUGGCCUCUUUAAGGCCCUCCGAAAGAUCGGUUGCCCCAUAACUGUACAGCUUAAUCGAGUCUUACCAUACCAACAUGAAGGGGACUUUGCGACUCCCACCCAACGGGAUCUGCAGCUGCUGAUGGAUCACUUCUCCCAGGCCUGCAAAGACUUUGGGCUUACGAUUAGUUUGAAGAAGACAAACAUUAUUGGUCAAGACACACCGACACCACCAGUUAUCACUAUUGACAACUAUGAGCUCAAAGUCGUCCACCAGUUCACCUACCUUGGGUCCACCUUUACCGAUAACUCUUCCUUGACGCUGAGAUCAACAAAAGGAUCGGGAUAUGCAGUCACAACAUUCGCCCGCCUGACAUCAAGAGUGUGGACCAAUACCAAGUUAACUAUGAAAACGAAGAUGGCUGUGUACAACGCCUGCGUCCUCAGCACUCUACUGUGUGGUAGCGAGAUAUGGACCAUGUAUGACCAGCAGGAAAAAAAGGUUCAACACCUUCCACAUCAGAACCGGUUGCGUUAG